UUUAUUUCACGUGUUUUGUAAGCCAGGAUUCUAGAAAAUAAACGCUUGAUUCACGUCGUGAUGUAUCACGCAGACGGCAGCAAAAUUUACCCAAGGCGAACUAGAUCACGACGAACUACUGGCCCCAGGCUUAAUACGACAAGCCACAUUAAUAAAGAGCAACUCAAACAACUACAAGAAGCAUUUAAUCUCAUCGACCAAGACCGUGAUGGCGUUAUAAGCAAGGACGACCUCCAGACAAUUCUAAUUUCACUCGGUCAAAAACCCACUGACAUGGAAGUUAGAGAAAUGCUGAAUGAGGUGCCCGGAAGUGUGGAUUUUGCUCGAUUUUCGUCCAUGUUUGCCUCCAGAAUGGGCACCGCAGAUCCUGAAGAUUUGAUACUAAACGCUUUCAGGUGUUUUGACGAGGACUGCGAUGGAGUCAUAGAUCUGGAUGAGUUCAAAGAGUCAUUAAUGACCACGGGUCUAAGGCUGACGGAGCAACAGGUAAAGUAUGCGAUGUCGCUUGUAUAAAAUUGGUUUGAUUUUUAUGAACCUACAAUCUUGGACAAAAUAGAUGGAACGUUUAGAGCCCCCUCCUCACAAAUCAAGGUUGGCAAAAUCCUUGAUUAUUUCGGGGUGAUGAGGGUUUCCUCCAAGCAGGCGAUUUCCACCGCUCUCUCGGUCCUCCCUGGGAUAAGAGCUAAGGGACCGGUCAUUAUUUACCGCCGGGGGGGGAUUUGGGGCUAAACGAGGUGAAAUUUAGCCGAUCCCCCACUUUGAAUGUUACUUAACUGAAGUGGUCUCCCCUAAUAACAUAAGAUGACUUUCACGAUCCCCCCACGUCUUCAUUUUCCAUGUAGGCAAAUUUGAGUGGUCCCCCCUGAAUCCUUCCAAAGCUUUCAGUGAUCCUCCCUUUUGGGUUCUCAGUUACGACUCAUCUCCCCUUUUAUUCCCCUAAAAAUCAAGUGAUCCCCCCAAAAUCCUCGCCGCCCCUCCCCUCCCCCUCCCUUCCAGGCGAUAAAUAAUCACCGGUGCCUAAGGCUCAUUGGUAGUUCAGCCUACUCUCCUCGCCAAAAAUCCUUGAAACCCCCAUACACUUCCCUUUACCUCAGCAAUGUUGAUGUGAUUGCGAAGUUACGUGUCCACAACAACAUUGCAAAAGGGAGGUGGAAAAGAAGAAAGAAAGAGGGAAAUUUUCCAAAGUGUUUCAAGGUUUUGUCAAAGAUUGUAAGUUUGCUGCGGCUUUCAGCUAGUUUACAAACACUACUAAAACGCGCAUGUCAGUAAAUCAACGACGACCCUCGAAUUGCUUUGGAUGUUGGACUGCCGAGUGUAAACGCUAUUCAGAUUAAAGUUCGAUUUUGUUUAGACACUCGGACACACUGUACCUCAGCAGUUGCUUUCAGAUGAGCAAUGCUCCUCUAAUCAGCAGAUAUUUUUACUUCAGGUUGAUGAGGUUUUCCUUCAUGGAAUGUUAACUGAUGAGCAUGGCAGAUUUAAAUGCGAAGACGUCGUGAAACUGCUAAAAUAUGGAGAAGGAAACUGUAGGGACGGAAGUUAAACUUUAAUUUUUGUUAAUUGUUCCUAGUUUGUCAAUUUUUUUCUUUAACCUGUUAACUGAGCAGAAGGUGGUCGUCCUGGUUAUAAUCUAACAAACAUAAUGGUGACCACUUGGUAGAUACUAAUAGGAAUUAAACUACUUUUCAACUUUCUUUAUGCAUUUACCAUUUAAACCUAUCUGGCAAAGGUAGAUCGUUGUCUGGAGAAACUUAAUAGACACAAAAUAAAGGCCAAAUGACCACUUUAAACGCCACAUUUGAUCCGUUUGUAGGAACUUUGACAAGAACGGAUUAUGGCUUCGUUCACUUCUCCUCAACACCUCGAAUUUCUCGACAAUGCUUGCAUGAAAAUACAAAAUAUGGAGUUCAAAACCUCCAAAAUGGACCAAACAGCUCUUCAAUAUUGAUGUAAUAGCUUUCUCGGCCUCUCAGAGUCGAUUGAA